CCCUCGCUCCACACGCAGGCAGCCUUCGCCCCUCGACUCCCGAAGCGCCCCCGCCGCCGCCGGCUCCAAUGGCGCUGCCCUACCUGGAGGCCGUCCUGUGCUUUAUGAUUCUCAACUACAUAUUUGAGACAUACCUUAACAUCCGUCAGCAUAGAGCCCUCAAGUUGCCAACGUUGCCAAAAUCCCUGGCAGGAGUAAUUAGCGAUGAAAAGUUUGAGAAGGCGAGGGCUUAUAGCCUCGACAAAAGUAACUUCAAUUUUGUGCGUGAGGCUAUCACUAUAGUGUUCGACAUCACGAUACUGUACUAUAAAGUUCUUCCUUGGGUUUGGAAGAAAUCUGGAGAGCUAGCAACCAAUGUUGGCCUGAAUGCAGAAAAUGAGAUAAUACAUACCCUUGCAUUCUUAGCAGUUGUCAUGGUGUGGUCUCAGAUCACAGAUUUGCCGUUCUCUCUGUACUCAACAUUUGUUAUCGAGGCUCGACAUGGUUUUAACAAGCAAACAAUAUGGCUCUUCAUAAGGGACAUGAUCAAGGGAAUUCUUCUAUCCAUCGUACUCGCACCACCAAUUGUCGCUGCUAUCAUCAUUAUAGUACAGAAUGGAGGUCCUUACCUAGCAAUAUAUCUCUGGGGUUUUAUGUUUGCGCUAGCUCUCCUGAUGAUGACAAUUUACCCCAUCAUGAUCGCUCCUCUGUUCAACAAAUUCACUCCUCUUCCUGAAGGUUCACUCAGGGAGAAAAUAGAGAAGUUAGCAGAUUCUCUCAAAUUUCCUUUGAAAAAGCUUUUUGUGGUUGAUGGGUCUACCAGAUCAAGUCACAGUAAUGCUUACAUGUAUGGAUUCUUCAAGAACAAACGCAUUGUUCUCUAUGACACAUUGAUUCAGCAGUGUACUAAUGAUAAUGAGGUAGUUUCUGUUCUUGCACAUGAGCUUGGGCACUGGAAACUCAAUCACACUACAUAUUCCUUUGUAGCUGUCCAGCUGCUUACAUUUAUGCAAUUUGGAGGAUACACUCUAGUAAGGAAUUCCAAAGAUCUGUUUGAAAGUUUUGGUUUUGACGAUCAGCCUGUGAUAAUUGGACUGAUCAUUUUUAUGCACACGAUUAUACCUGUCCAACACGUUCUGAGUUUUUGCCUCAACCUUGUCAGCAGAGCAUUUGAAUUUCAGGCUGAUGCUUUCGCCAAGAACCUUGGGUAUGCUCCAGAGCUCAGGGGAGCCCUUGUUAAACUACAGGAAGAGAACUUGUCUGCAAUGAACACAGAUCCGUGGUAUUCAGCAUAUCACUACUCCCAUCCACCCCUUGUUGAACGACUCUCUGCUCUCGAAGAUCUGGAUAGCAAGAAAGAGAAGUAACUGAAGAGACGACUGAGCUGAUAACAUACCUGAAGUGUGGAGGUUUUGAUCCUUCUGUGGGUUACCAUAUACAUGGCAGCUAUCAGUUCAUCGUUUUCAUCUAAAUGUACGGAUGUUAAUAGGGAUUUGAUACAUUAGAGCUCUGGAAACACCCAUCCAUACAUGUUCACGGGAACUGUAAGAAACUAUGCACCUCUAGGUUAAGGUAGAUCUCACUCAUCAAUCGACUCACAGAUAUUGACCUAUACACAGGUUUGUUCAAUAUUGACAAAUUGGGUGUGAAUUAGCUAUGAGGUGGUCUGAUGGACCAGUUGGAAUGUUC